UCGGGGUGUGAAAGCGGCUCGCGCCCUGACAGCCUAUCCCUCCAUCCUCCGCCGCCGGUGAGGAGAAGCCGGACCGGGCCGAGGACGGUCUCCUCUCCGGUGAAUCCGCAGACAUCCAAACCGUCGACGACGACAGAUCGUGGGGUUUUUUUUCCGUGUUCGUGUCGGAUCGUCCCGGAGGAGGCGGCUGCUGCAGUGGGGAGAUGCUGUCAUUGAGAGACGUCAUUGAUUUAAAAAGCCAAAAACAGCAGCGACGUCAGCGGAGGAUCGUUUCUAUCUGCCGGGUCACUGAGGACAAACCGACGGGAAUGAAGCCCGGGUCGGUCUGACGGCUCAGGCUGCAGUCUACACCGAGGAAGUGAAAGUGUAACCCGUGACGGAUUCACUCACAUCCGCUCUGGAGUCUUCUUCACUGCUGCUCCUCACGGUGUCAGCGUGAUCCGACCACAUCCGCGCCUCUGAAUCAGAGAGAAGAGGAUGCUGAUGCUGAUGCUGCUCCCUCACCUGAUCUCCAUCUCCAGCAUCAAGUGAGCCAGUUUUACUUCAUCCAGACCAGUUCCAGCUCGACCAGAGCUUCUAACGAUCCCAGCUGCUGAAGCCAGAAGUCCAGAUCUGAGACUGAAGGUUCGUCCUGGUCCUUGGAAACAGUUGACAGUAGCUGCGCUGGAGCUUUCACUCCUCUUCUUCAGCUGAUGGAGACUAAAACACAAAAAACCUAAAACUCAGAUGACAGAAACACGAAGGAUGGAGGCUUAAGAGGGACAAAACAUUUCAAAGCAUCUCUGUACAAGAGUUGUAUUUCACACCUGAGUGGGGCUCACCUGUACAAACGUCCAGGCAUAAAUUUGCACUUUUUUGUGAUUACAUCUCACAGCUUGACUUGACUUGACUUGACUUGAAAGCGCUGCUGUCUUGUUGGCGGUUAAUUCCCUGCAGCCGCUGUGAUGCUGGACGUGGUGAAGAUGAAGGAGGUGUGCAGGAUCUGCGCCCGCGAGCUCUGCGGCAACCAGCGCCGAUGGAUUUUCCACCCGGCGGCCAAGGUCAACUUGCAGGUGCUGCUGUCCCACGCUCUGGGCCACGAGCUGGCCCGGGACGGCCGCGGGGAGUUCGCCUGCUCCAAGUGCGCCUUCAUGCUGGACCGCAUGUACCGCUUCGACACGGUCAUCGCCCGCGUGGAGGCGCUGUCUCUGGAGCGCCUCCACAAGCUGCUGCUGGAGAAGGACCGGCUGAGGCAGUGUAUCGGAGGCCUGUACCGGAAGAACAACGCAGAGGACGGGAACGUGGCUCCAUCGGGGUCCGCCGUGGAGGUCAUCGGGGCCGGGUCUGAAGACUCACCUGUGGUGGAUCUGUCAGCCCUGCAGGAUGUCAGAUACUCAGAUAUGAUCCAGGACGAUCUGACUUACUCUGUGUAUGAAUCCUGGGCUGACAAGGAGGACGCCACCCUGGACCACCACGCCCAUCACCACCACCUCCUCCAGUGCCCAGCAGCAGACUCACUCUCUGGCCAGAGGCCGAGGCGGUGCAGGGGGUGUGCGGCUCUCCGCGUUGCUGAUUCUGACUACGAGGCGGUGUGUAAGGUUCCUCGCAGGGUUGGGCGCAGAAGCACAUCCUGCGGCCCGUCUACCCGCUACUCAGCAGCCACUCCGGGGGCUGAGGACCCCACCAAAGCCUCUGGCGUUUCUGAGGCUACAACUGUCACCUUUGAGUCCAGUUCAGCUGUGUUGGACACUGAUAAGACCACGUGUGACAGGACGAGUACGAGCCCGGCAUCGUCUGUAGAAUCUCUCGACACCGCCGUGGACAUGAGCUGUCCUCCUGCGAGCCACAAAGAAAGAGAAGAAACAGAACCAGUGAAAGAUCCAGAAGACGCUCCAGCGAGAAGGGACACUCCGUGGGACAAACCGCCAAGUGAGAGCUCCCUCUCUGGGCUCGAGACGAUGCUGAGCCUCCUGAGGGGCUGGGAGUACCGGCCGGUGAAGCCUCACAGUGGCAGCAAGCUCCCAGUUCUGGUCAAAGCCAAACUGGAGCAAGGCCUGUCUCUGCCCCAGCCCAUCCGACUGAGGUCGCCCUGCGGAGGGCCAGUGGACUGCGAGCUGUACCCCCACCGGCCUGUGCCGGAGGUGGUGAUCCCGUGUCCCCAGCAGGAGCUGCAGGCGGAGCUGGCAGAGAUGGAGGAGCAGUGGCUGGAUGAUUACGUUCAGUGUGGGCCGUUCCGCUUUCAGCAGAGGCUGAUUGACGAGCAGGGGGGGCAGCUCAGCCAGUACGAGAGCGCUGCAGGUCAGUGUGUCGGCGAGCUGCAGAAGGCCCAGGACCAGGUCUACUCGCUCCAGGCCAAGAUCAGAGAGAGCGAGACCAGGAACCAGAAGCUGCAGGAGCGACUCGGUGAGAUGGAGACGGAGCUGCGUUCGGCCCAAGAGGAAGCCCAGCGACAGGAGAGAAACAUCCAGAACAUGACUGAUGCCGUCAACUCCAAGGAGGCACAGGCUGCAGAGCUCUGUCGGGUGAUUGAGGAACAGAAUAAGAUGCUGUGUUCUCUCAAAGAACUCGCCAACCGCAGCCAGCUGCAGCAGCUGCAGGUGUCUGGUGCUGAGAGUAUUCGAGGUCAGGGUGAGGUUCUGGCUCUGCAGGCGUCCCUCUUCCAGGCUCAGCUGGAGCUGCAGACGGGUCAGCGGGCCCAGCGGCAGGCGGCCAGGACUCAGGAGGACCUGAACCGAGCCCUGCAGAGGCUGGAGAAAGACCUGCAGGGGGCGCUGCAGCACAGGAGGGAGACAGAGAGGCACAACCAGGAUCUGCAGCUGGCUCUGGAGAAGGCUCGAUCAGCCCUGCAGGAGAGAGAGGAACAGCUGAGAGACGGCGAGCAGGAGAGACAGAGGCAGGACGAGGAGACAGAGAGGACCGUCAGAGAGCUGAGGACGUCCCUGCUGACCAAAGAGCAGCUGAUAGAGGACUGUGAGCUGCUGGAGGAUCCAAAGGAGAAGAGAGACUCUCUGCUUCAGAAACUCCGCCAGCGAAUCAAAGAGAGAGACCGAGCUCUGGAGCGAGCAGUGGACGAGAAGUUCCGCUGCGUGGAGGAGAAAGACGAGGAGACCCGUGGGCUUCGGCUGCUGCUCAGAGAGAAGGAACGAGACCUGGAGAGGCAGCGCUGCGUCCUGGCCAACAACGAGGAGACCAUCACUAGCCUGGAGGUGCUGGCCCGUGGUAAAGCUUUGGAGCUGGAGCAGGUGUGUGACGCCUGGAGGAACGUCCAGCAGCAGCAGCAGGAGAGUGAAGGCAGACAGAGCCGCAGCCUAAGAGAGAGAGACGCCAUCAUCAGCCAGCUGCAGGCGGCGCUGCAGGCUUGCACGCAGGAAGCCCAGGACCUGCGCUGCUCCCUGCUGGCUCAGAUCCAAUCAGCUCCCGGCGACGUUCUGGAGGAGUUGAAGGUCCGCCUCCAGCUCAAAGACCGCCUCUUCCAGGAGGUGCUGUCCGACCGGACGCACCAGGCCCAGGAGCAUCAGGAGCAGGUCCAGGAUCUGCUCAGAACCAUCAGCUCCAGGGACCAGUACAUUCAGGACUCUGCGAGCCGGCUCGGCGAGGUGAUGACCGAGCAGACAGCGAGGCUCCAGGAGCUCCGCAGACAGCUGAGCUCAGGUGUCGGGUCCAGGUCUGACUCCGUACCGGACUUGGUCGUGGAGCUGCAGGCCGUGCAGGAGGAGCUGCGUCUGGCUCUGAGGAGGGAGAGAGAGAGCCAGGAGCUGAGCAGGAGUCAGGCUACCAGAGUGGACUCCCUCACCAGGACACUGCAUGUGAAGGAGGAGAUCAUCAGGGACUUCCAGAGGCAGAUGGUGGAGCCCUCUGGUCUCCCGCUGGUGGAGCGGCUGACCCAGGAGGUUCAGGAGCUGAGGGAGAGCCUGGUCCAGCAGGACGGUCCACCGGCCAGGGGCCCCAUCCUGGGCCGUGACCGGCCCAACAGCAGGCAGCCAGAGUUUGGAGAACUGAGCUCGGAGGACGAAGACGAGGCUGACGAUGACUUGAACAGCGAGUACACUGAGAGCGUUGAUGAAGAGGAGCCCAAACUGAGGGUCCAGUCUGUGGCCAACACCAAGGCUCCUGGAGGUCCAGGAAAGGCUCCGUCCCAGGAUCUGUUGUUUGAAGGUCAGGGACUGAUGGAGGUCAAACAGCUGGUGGAGCAGAAGAGGGCGGUGGAGAGAGAACUGGGAGAGCUGAAGGCUCAGCUGGAGAAGGCCGGCUUCUCCUCGCUCUCACAGAUGAGGAAAGCUCUGUUCAGCCUGCAAGCUGAGAACGGAGAUUUAAAGCAUCAGCUGACUGAAGGGCCUGACAGCCAACUGAGUGGAGAACGGCAGGUGUUGGACGGCGAAGAGGAGGAUGAGGAUGAGGAGGAGCUGGAUGUGACCAUAGAAGGGGUGGAGGAAGAUGAAGAGGAGGAGGAAAUCUCCGAGCUGUGGGACGCCUGGGAUGGCGAGCUGUCUCUGUGUCAGACCAGCAUCCAGACGAGUGAUGAGCAGAGGAAGAAGACAUCCAGCAGACCCGAGUCACUGCACCCGUUCACCAAAUCCUCUCAGGUGGGCCCGGACAGCACGCUGUCAGCCGGGCGGCAGCAGGACGCCGUGUCCUCUGUGAAGACAGUUCAUCUGCAGCAGAAGAGCAAAGAGCUGCGGGAGAGACUGAUGGUGUCCGAAGCCACAGUUCAGGCUCAGGCCGAGCAGCUCAAAGACUACAGGGAGCUGCUGGCAGAGACAGCAGUUCAGCAGGACAGCAAGCAGAUCCAGGUGGACCUGCAGGACCUGGGCUACGAGACCUGCGGCCGCAGUGAGAACGAGGCCGAGAGGGAAGACACGAGCAGCCCGGAGUUUGAUGACCUGGAGAUGUGCACUUCUCUGGACUGUGGUUCCCAGUGGUGGCCUGCCAGCAACAGCAGCAGCUCCACCUUCACUAAAACCCCCACCCAGAGCUCCGGUUAUGGAGACGAGUCAUCCCUCCAGCGCCUCGUCGAGGAUCUUCGCUCCCAGCUGUCCCGCUCUCAGGCGGUGAUCCGCGGCCUCCAGAGCCGCCUUCGCUCCCUCUCCACCUCCAGCGAGUGCGGACCCUCCACACCUCGCAAGGUCAACUGGUCCUUCCUGCCGUCUCCCUCCCAGAGCGGGGCGGAGGAUGACGAGGGCUGGCAGUCGUCCGACGGAGGUCCUCUGGCUUCACCUCGUCACCCGCACUCAGACAAGGGCCUGCAGGAGCUGGUGUCCCGCGUGGACGCGCUGGAGGACCAACUGAGGAAAGGAGGCAAGAAGUCCGUCAGCGAGGACGGAAAGGCUGCCACCUGGCCGGGUAAAUUCGACACUCUGAUCAAGGCUCAGGCCAGAGAGCUGUCUCACCUCCGUCAGCGGCUGAGGGAGGGUCGCGGCGUGUGCAACAUCCUCACCCAGCACCUGGGAGACACCACCAAGGCCUUCGAGGAGCUGCUGAGGGCCAACGACAUCGACUACUACAUGGGCCAGAGCUUCAGGGACCAGCUGGCUCAGAGCGGCGCUCUGGCACAGCGAGUCAGCGCCAAGAUCAGCGGACGAGAUCAUCCUGAAGAUCCAGAUGAGAAGACGGAGCUGCUCGCCAUCCGGCUCAGUAAGGAGCUGCAGCAGAAGGACAAGGUCAUCGAGUCUCUCCGCGCCAAAUUAAACCAGCAUCAUCACCCUCAUCGCUCCGACACGCCCUGCAGCAGCCACGCCCUCUCCGACACCACCGACCAAUCAGAUCGCAUCUCCUACGUGUCCGAUGACCACGGAUCCACGAACGACGACCUGGAGCUCUGUUCUGACGUGGACGCUGCCAGCGAGCUCGGUCAGAAGGAAACAAGGACUUCUACCAGACUCAGCGCAGAUUGUCACUCUCACAGCGGCACCAUGUCACACCACCCGUCUGUCCCUCCAUCCAUCACCUCAUCCCACAGAGCCCAGUCCUGGCUCAGCUGUCCCAGCAUGCAAUGCCCCGGCUCGCCACACAAACCCCCAGACAUGCAGAGUCAGACAGGGUUUUCCACUCCCCAGGCCAAACCUCUGCAGGGUCUCCCCUUUGCCCACCAGCAGCCCGACUCCUCGGCCUUCCUGCAUCUCUCCUACAAUGGAUACCAGCCUUCUCCUUUCAGUAGCGCCACCAGCAGCAAUCUGGAUGCCAGCACAGCCGUGAAAGCUGGGGCCAGUCUGCUGGAGAGCAGUGCAUUGUGGGAUAUGGCCUACGGUACCCGACCAGCGAGACUUGGAGCUGACCUGUCUUCAGGAUCCUCGGGGUACCAGUCAGGCACCAGUCACACAGGUUCAGACCUGAUGAAGGAGCACCUGAGAGAGAUCCGGAGUCUGAGACAGAGAUUGGAGGACUCCAUCCAGACCAACGAUCGCCUCCGACAGCAGCUGGAGGAGAGACUGGCUCGCACCACCGCUGAGAAAGGUGCUCCCACCAACAUCUACAUCCAGGGUCUGGACUCGGUCGGCCAGCUCUCCAGUGAGCUCAGACUUCUGAAGGAGGAGAACGUCAGUCUGCAGAACCAGCUGAAGCAGGCUAACAGAGAGGGCAGUAAGGAGGCGGAGCAGCUGAGGGAGGCGGCGCUCCUGGAUCGGGCCAGGAUGAAGGAGGCGGAGCUACAGGCUGAGAAGUGGGCGGAGCAAAGCAGGAAACUUCAAAGUGAGGCUGAAGCUCGCAGCCAAGAGAUGGCACAACUGAAACAGGACAGACAGAUGAACCAGGAGACCAUCAACAGACUCCAGCACGAGGUGAGCGUCCUCCAGCAGCAGCUGUGUGAGAGCCGCAGUCUGGUCCACUCUCUUCAGUGUGAGCUGCAGGUGUACCACAGAGUCUGUGGCGUCACCACAAACCCACACUCAGCUCAGGCCAGUGAUGGCGUCCGCCUUGAUCGCAGCACUGUGACCUUUGACCCCAGAGAGCUGCACAUUCAGCUGGAGCAGCAGCUGAGUGGACAGGCUGACACGCAGCCUCCAUCCAGGAGACAGCUCUUCAGCGACAACGUUCCCUCUCCGCCUGUGAGAGACACUGGACUCGUCAGUCCUUCGUCUCCUCUUCAUCCUGCACAGAAACAUGCAGGAGAGGCUGCAGCAGCUGAUCGAGCAGCCUCCACCCUGCAGGGUCAAGCCCCAGACGGUUCGUUCGCUAACCGUCACGGCCGCCACGCGGUGGGCCACGUCGAUGACUUCAAGGCUCUGCAGCAGCAGAUCCUGGAGGGCGGCGCUCUCCUCCGCAAGAUGGAGGCCGCCCUGUUUUCUCUAAACGGCCAGCAGGAGUUCAGCCUUCAUCAGCCUUCAGACUCUGUCAGGAAGCUGCUGUCUGACACUAAAACCCUGCGGCAGAUCCUGGAGGAGGCAGACUCUCUGCUCCGGAUGUUCUGGAGAGCAGCUCUGCCAAACUCAGAGGAAACCAAACAGGAUCAGUCUCUGAGGGAGGAGGUCGUUUCUCUGCGACUGAGGCUCUCAGAUCAAGAACAGGCUCUACAGGACGCCAUGGAGAGAGUGAAGAGCUCCAACCGCACCAAAGAUAGCAUGGAGCACUUUAUAGUCAGCCAGCUGUCCAGAACUCGGGACGUCUUGAGGAAAGCAAAGACAAACUUGCAGGUGAAAACUCAGGAGGCUUCUGUGAGCUCGCCUUCUCUCCUGGUCGGGGUGUCAUGAGACCCCUCAUCUCCUCCUCCUCCUCCUUUGCUGCCGUGGGACCGGCUCGCCACCAGCGCCCCCUGCAGUCAGCCUUCCUGUAGUGCACCGGCCCCGAGUCCUCGCCUGCUGUUCAAACAGAAAAUGCUGGAACUUCUGUCUUUCUUAUUGGCUGGAGAAACAUUUCAAUCGGUGUGAGUGUCGAUGAACGUUUGUUUUGUUCCAUUUGUGCGGGUUGAUGAUGACGUAUGAGUGUGGAGGUGUGAUGAGGGCUUUUAGUGAGGCCAUCAGCUGAAGUGUUUUUCUCUCAUUUAACUGAGACAUUCUGAGCUUGACUGAAGUUGGCUUAUGGCUCACAGCUUCUGAUGAAGUCUUUUUUCCAUUAUCACAAAUUAGUUAAUUAAUGAAAGCAGUCAUUGGGCUCUCAGAGUCAGCUAAGUCCCUGUCUGAUAGCAGAUUUGAAUGCAGACCUGGUCUUAUGUGGUCUAGGCAGAUAAACACAGUGAAACUGUUCUUAUCUUGUUCUUCCUGAAUCUGAAUGUGACAUUUGGCUCAUAACAAAUAUUCCCCCUCGACGUAAGCAUCACAAGCUCCUGAUCAGAAGCCACCUUGAGCCUCGUGCUUCGGCAGGGAUUCAAGACGCUGAAGUUCACUCAUGCCAGCAGAAAAGGGGCUUUGAAAAAGCCAAACCCAAACUGCAAAGUGCUUCCUCUGAGCCUCAGCUGAGGCUCCUGUUUUGUAGUCGGUGUGUAGAAUAGAUGCAUGUGGUUUGAGGAACUCGUGGAAACAAAGCCAUACUCUCUGACGGUACAGUAGAUAUGUUCUUGUUUUGUCCUAACUGUAAAAAUGUUAUUAAAAUGGCCAACUACUGAGAACACACGGAAAAUACAAGAACUAGAACUACCUAUAGACGGUUUGGUCGAAUAGCUGGUGGAUGAUGUUCUUGUGCAUUUACUCACAAAUAAAACACCAAUUUAGGAUGUUUUUGUCCUUGUGCUCAGACUCCAGAGCAGAGUCAGUUCUCUUCAGAUGUUUCAAACAGUUUGGGUCCAACCCAGUUUUUCCUGCUGGAACACUAACCUGCAGUGGUGGAAAGCCUUCAGGUGAAGCAAGCACAUGUUACAGACUGUGAUGCCUUCAGUCACCUGAUAAUCUGCUUCACACGAAGAGCAAAGAGUUUUAUAGAGCACGGUCCAAAAGAGAUGACAUUUUGUUUUUGAAACCAGAAAAAUGGACCACACCUUUUUUUUUUUUUUUUUUUAAUAUAUUCUGUAUCCUUUUGAUGUUUUUUCUUUCUUGCAAAAUCUUUUGAUGUUUGAAUUUCCCUCGAGAUGACAAUCAUUUAAAAAGAAUCAGCCACCAAGGGGUUAACAUCUCCAUGUAAUGAUGUUUUCUUCAGAACUUCUGCAGGAUUUGUGACGCUCACUGUGCAACUCAAACUUUUCUGAAAUCGGGUAUUUUACACUGACUUCUCCACGUUUUAUUUCUGUUUCAGUCAUUCUUAGUUGUGUUUUUUUGUGCAUGAACUGUGGCUUCACUGCCCUCUAAUACUUUUACUGAAAUAUGCAACUUUUGGGUUACUGUGCAAUAAUAGCCUUUGUGGUUGCUUGUUGUGGAUGUUUUAGGCCUGGGUAUUAAAGUGCCAUGUCAUCUGUUUUUUAGCUCUGAAGCUGAAUUCAGUCAAACAAACUGACUUUUGGAUGAAUAUGUCCAGUUUUUUGACAAUCAAUUUUAAUGGCCCGCUCAUUUUUGGCUUAUUAUGAAUCAGAGUUUUAUAUACAACAUGGACUAAAGGCAAAGUGACAGCAUAAAGCUGCUCUAUAAUGAUAUGUUUAUAAAGCAAUAAGAUCAACCAAAGUGAACAACUUGUAUGUUGUUAAAUCAGGUGUAAAAUGAUCCAGUUAUGUGCGUGAUUCCCCACAGGUCAAAGGUCAAACUUAGUGUCUUUCUUAGUGUCUGUGUGGUUUUAAGAACCACAUCUCAUGUAUGUAAAUAUUAAAGGGAGUGUGUACAUCAAUGCAAGUUUUUUGUUGCUCUUCGAAAAAGACCAGCUGUAUUUUUAUGCAUGUUCUCUUUAUUAAAAACACUUUGGGGUAAAAGAAAAGAACCUUUUUAAUAAA